UAAAGAAUCAUUACUUUGAAGCCUACACCAGAGGCGAGAAUCAAAGACAAGUUAUCAGGGAAGUCUACCGAAAUGAGGUGGACUCCAUUGUUAUGUUUGGCGCUUGUUGCACUUAUUGGACUCGUGUUAACCGAAGGCAAACCCUUGGCUCAAGAGAAUGGGACGAAAAGCAGAUUAAAGAGAGCCGAGCCUGAUGAAGAAGAACAAGGGAAACAAGAUGACAGGACAAAAGAAGAUACGCCAGCCGAGUCAAAACAAGACGAUAAAAACGAACAAGAAUCUGAAGACAAAAAGAAACAGGAUUCAGACGAAAAGCAGGAAGAUGAAGGUGAGAAAGAGCAUGAGAAUGACAGCGAAAUUUCCGCCAAGAAAAGAUGGUUUGGUCACCACGGCUUCGGCUGGGGAGGACUGGGGCAUGCAGGUUGGGGUUAUGGAGGAUCGGGAGGGUGGGGUUUUGGCCAUCCUUUAGGGUAUCCAGGAUUUGGAAUAGGUGGUAUAUGGGGUGGUGCAGCGUGGCCUGGUGCUUGGUACCGAUCUAGGGUUCCACAAACGCAAAACGUAGCUAAAAAACAAUGGAUAAGCCACGGGUCUUAUGGUCCGCAUGGAGCCGGCUAUGGAUAUGGCCAUGGUCAUGCAGUAGCCGGAUAUGGUGCCGCAAUGGGACAUAAUCCAUGGGGAGCUGGAGCAGGUUGGCCUGGAUAUUGGUACAAAUCUAGUAUCCCAAAACGACCCUUACAAAAUGCGGCCAAAAGGCAGUUGAUUGGCGGUGCACCUUGGGGAUUUGGUUACCCAGGCUACGCUCACUACGGUCACCCAGGUUUCGGUGCAUGGCCUGGGUAUGGAUUAGGAGUACCGAUUGGCUGUGGUUGCGGGGGCGGGGGUUUUUACAGAUCAGAUGUUGCAAAGACUGAGAAUGCUAAAGCUAAGAAUGAAGUACCAGAAAACUCCAAUAAGAGAUGUUGCGGGUUGGGAUUAUGGGGAGGAUACGGCGGAUGGGGUGGAGAUGGAGGAUGGGGAGGAUAUGGAGGAUGGGGUGGGUAUCAAUUUGGAUUAGGUUACGGUCCAGGCUAUGGGUUUGGAGGAUUAGCUCCAUUAAGCUUAGGUUAUGGGUGUGGUUGGUAUAAAUCUAAGGUCCCCAAAUCUAAAGACAAUAAAGAAACCCCCAAACCUGAGGAUCAUGCCCCUUCCUCCUCAGCUAGCAAGCGCGAUACUGAAGAAGAAGAAAGCGAAAACAAAGACAAAGAAGGCAAAGACAAUAAAGACUGUGGUUGUAAACCAUCAAGUGAUAAAAAUGAAAACUCACAUAAGAAGUGUGGUUGUGGGUGUGGGUUCGGAGGUUGCGGGGCAUACGGACUUGCCCCUCACAGCUAUGGCGCUUUAUCCCCAGUAGUUGGCUAUGGAUUAGGAUAUCCAUAUUCUGGUCUUGGAGGAUUUGGAUUAUACGGUGGAUACGGUGGAUACGGGGGAUACGGGGGAUACGGGGGAUACGGUGGAUACGGGGGAUACGGUGGAUACGGGGGAUGCGGUGGAUGCGGUGGCUUAUAUGGUGGUGGCUUCCCCGGCUAUCUAGGUUAUGGUCAUGGUUGUGGAUGUGGAUAUGAGUGUCCAGGAAUAGAUGUUGUUCAUGUUGUAGAUGAUUGUGGGGGUGGAUGCUGCGGCAAGUCAAAGGUUUCCAAGGCACCAAAGAAGCAAAAGCGAAGUACUGAAGUGAAAGGAAAAGACAAGGGCAAACGUUGUGGAUGCGGAUGCGGUUGUGGAUGUGGAUGUGGUGGGGGAUGUGGUGGUGGGUGUGGAUGUGGAGGAGUAGGAGACUGUGGUGGAUGGGGUCAUGGAGGUGGACAUGGCUGCGGUCAUGGCUGCGAUCAUGGAGACUGGUUUGGAUGGGGUGAUUAUGGACACGGAUGUGGAUGUGGUGAUGGAUGGGGAGAAGGAUGGGGUCAUGGAGAUUUAGGCCAUGGUGGUUGGGGCUAUGGUGGAUGGGGCCAUGGUGAUUGUGGACACGGUGGAUGGGGACAUGGAUAUGGAGAUAUUGGAUGGGGAGGACAUGGGGGAUGGGGAGGACACGGCUGCGGCGGUUGUGGCGAUGGCUGGGGAUUCUACAAGUCCAAAAUAGGCAAGAAUUCAAAAGCACCAGUAGCAGCUCAAGCAAAGACAGAAAGUAAGACGACACGUUCAGCUCCCGAUGCAUCUGGGUCAAAGAAAGAUAACAAACCUAAAGCAGGCAAGCGCUGUGGUGGAGGAUGCGGAGGUUGUGGAGGUUGCGGAGGUUGCGGAGGAUACGGAGGAUGGAACUGGGGUGGAUGUGAUGGAUUUGGCCAUGGUGGAUGGGGACACGGUGGAUGGGGUCAUGGGGGCUGGGGACACGGAUUUGGUGGUCUAGGAUACGGAGGAUACGGAGGAUACGGAGGAUUUGCUCCUCUUGGAUGGGGUGGAUAUGGAUAUGAUGGAUGGGGACAUCCAGGAGGAUGGGGCUGGGGUGGUGGUUGUUGCCGCAAAGGAAAAGUGAGCAAGAACGCAGAACCUUCUAAGGAUAAGGACAGUAAAGCCAACAAAAGAUGUGGUUUCGGAUUUGGUCCAGGAUGUGGCUAUGGACCAGGAUUUGGAUAUGGAUUAGGUGGCCUCGGACCUGGCUUCGGACCUGGAUUCGGCGGUUAUGGCCCAGGGUUUGGAUGGGGACAUGGAUUUCUAGGAUAUCCAGGCUUCCUAGGUGGUUGUGGUGGAUUUUACAAGUCCAAGAUUGAAAAGCAAAAGAGCAAAGACGUCAAAGCAAAUGCCAGAGGGGAGAUUCCUGAGGUGAAUGAAAAUGGGGAAAAGAAACAGACUAUCCAUCUUGGAUAUGGGUAUGCCAGUGGAGAUAACUACAGAUUGGGUUACGGAAUGGGUGGUAUGGGAGGACUUGGUGGAUAUCAUGGCCCAAUGAUGGGAAAUGCUCAUCCAUUUUUCCGAAGCAGUAUCCCAAGAAGUGCAUCCAAAACAGCACAAGGAUCCAAGAGAUGGGGCUUUGGAGGUUGGGGUCAUGGAGGAUGGGGAGGUCAUGGAGGAUGGGGAGGUCAUGGAGGAUGGGGAGGUCAUGGCCAUGGCCAUGGUUUCGCAGCUCCUUACGGACACCCAAUCACCCAUCCAGGCUUUUCAACCAUUGGUUUCCCAGGCCAUGCUCUUGCAACUGCUGAUGUUAAGAAUACCAUUGCCCACAAAAGAGGAAGAUCUAAGCGACAACUCAUUCCAGCACAAUACAUGGCACCAGCUGGAUUACCUGGAUUUGCAGCAGCACCCGUUUCUCCCUAUGUAGGCUUGCACCCACCUAUGUAUGCUGCCCCUUUCAUACAUUCACCAUUGGCUGUUCCCUCCUACCCUGCAGCAGUACCAGCCGCUGUUCCCUUUGCACCACAAGGACUUCAUUAUGGUCUAGCCCUUGGUAGAUCUGGUUUAGCACAACCCCAACAACCUCUUAACCAAGCUUUUGGAAGGAAAAGAUCUGAGAUUCCUAAAAUACACAAAUAAAAGAA